UCUUGUCCCCGUAUCUCACAUGGUUUGCUGCAAGAAUUCCCCACUCCCUCUUUCCUACACCCGCACGCAGUGAGAUGCCUUCCCUAAUCAUCGUGUUCCACACCAUUCUUCUGCUUCUUCUUCUACUUAGUUCGUGUGCUUUUCUCCCUCUACAAGCUCAAAGCAGCCUCCCGGCUCCCCUCUUCUUCUCCUGCUCCAAAACUGCUGGAAACUACACGGCCAACAGCACCUUCCAGCAUGACCUCAAUCAGCUGCUCCUCUCCUUGACCGCGUUCGCCAUUCCCACUGGCUUCAACGCCACAUCCUUCGGCCGAGCUCCGGACCAGGUCUAUGGCCUCGUCCUCUGUCGAGGAGAUGUCGUCGGCAGUGCGUGCCAGAAUUGCGUCAGAGACGCCGGUGCCAACGCCUUGAAAGGCUGCCCCUACGUCAAGGCCGGCGUCGUCCUCAUGGAGCUCUGCUUCCUGCGCUACUCGGACACGAACUUCAUCGGGCAGAGGAGUCCCCACUGGUACAUGCGGUGCAACCCCUACGACAUCUCGGACCCUGCCCUCUUCUUCCAGAAGCUGCGCGUGAUGAUGCAGAACCUCACCUCCAUUGCGACCACCAAUCCGGCGAACCUCAUGUUUGCCACCGGAUCAAUCGCUUACAACGAUUUCCGGAUAAUAUACGGCAUGGCGCAGUGUAAGAGAGACCUGUCCGUGGCCGAUUGCAGGACUUGCCUGACCGGAGCGAUGAAUAACCUCACCGGCUUUUGUAAGGCGAAACAGGGAGCCCAAUUCCGGGGAUGGAGUUGUGAUUUAAGGUAUGAGCUGUACUCUUUUGUUUCUGCGCUCCCGCAGGCGCCGACGGAAGCUCCGGCGUUAUCUCCAGUGCCAUCGUCUCCACCUGCUAAUGGCUUCGUUCCCUCUAGCGUUGGAACACAUAAGAAAAGGAUUACACUUAUGUGGGUGCUUCCGUUCUCAAUUUUAGCUGGGUUAGUAAUCCUGGCAGCAGUCGCAUGCCUGUUGAAGAAAAGAGUGGGAAAUAGGGAGAGAAAAGAAGUUACAGAAGAAAUAAAGACUAGGGCGUCACUCUUUUUUGACAUAAACACAGUGAAAGCUGCUACAGACAACUUCUCUGAUCUAAACAAGAUUGGGGAAGGUGGAUUUGGGCCUGUUUACAAGGGAAAACUGCCAGAAGGUAAAAUGAUAGCUGUCAAACGAUUGUCAAAAGACUCUGGGCAGGGUGCAAGGCAGUUCAAGAAUGAGGUAGCGCUGGUUGCGAAGCUUCAGCACAGGAAUCUUGUUCGGCUUCUGGGUUGCAGCUGGGAAGGAGAAGAGAAAUUACUAAUGUAUGAAUAUGCAGCCAAUGGCAGUCUUGACAAGUUUCUAUUUGAUCCCACCAAAUCUGAACAAUUACAGUGGGGAGUACGGUUUAGGAUUAUUGGAGGAAUAGCACGAGGACUUCUAUAUCUUCAUGAAGAAUCACAGCUGAAGAUUAUUCACAGAGAUUUGAAAGCAAGCAAUGUUUUGUUAGACAAAGAGAUGAAUCCUAAAAUUUCAGAUUUCGGCUUGGCAAAGCUCUGUGGUCUAGAUGAAGCUCAUGGCAAUACACGAAAAAUUGCUGGGACAUAUGGGUACAUGUCACCUGAGUAUGCAUUGAGAGGCCUGUUCUCAGUGAAAUCAGAUAUAUUUAGCUUUGGCGUCUUAUUAUUAGAAAUUGUCAGUGGCCAUAAAAAUACUGCCUUCUUCCAGACGGAGUUAGAUCAAGACCUUCUCAGUUAUGCAUGGAAAGCUUGGAGUGAGAACAGGGCAGUUGACUUGAUUGACUCCAACUUGGGCGAAUUGUAUCCAAGAAACAAAGUGUUGAGAUGCAUCCAUAUUGGCUUACUAUGUGUUCAAGAAGAUCCGAAUAAUAGACCGACAACGUCUGAGGUUGUUCUCAUGCUUAGUAAUUCAACUGUUUCUCUUCGAGCACCUUUGUGUCCAGCAUUUUUUUCUGGAAGAAGCAGACUAAAUCCUGAGGAGCCCAUUGAACAGCAAGGUGGAAUGCCACUAAGUGACGCCAUCUCCGAUGAUAUAUCAAAGAACGAGAUAACUAUUACUGAGUUAUAUCCACGUAAGGAGCAAGUAGCAACUGAUAACUUUGUGGCCCAUGUAGACAUCAUGAUCAGCCACAUAAAACAAGCAAUUACAGAGACCUCUUGUGUCCAAAUUUUAUUAUAUAUUCCCAUUUUAUCUCCUCUCACUCCCUACACCUGGACGCUGUGUGAGAUGGCUUCCCUAAUCAUCGUGUUCCAAACCAUUCUUCUGCUUCUUUCGUGUGCUUUUCUGCCUCUACACGCUCAGAGCAGCCUCCCGGCUCCCCUCCACUUCUCCUGCUCCAAAACCGCUGGAAACUACACGGCCAACAGCACCUUCCAGCAUGACCUCAAUCAGCUGCUCCUCUCCUUGACCGCGUUCUCCAUUCCCACUGGCUUCAACGCCACAUCCUUCGGCCGAGCUCCGGACCAGGUCUAUGGCCUCGUCCUCUGUCGAGGAGAUGUCGUUGGCAGUGCGUGCCAGAAUUGCGUCAGAGACGCCGGUGCCAACGCCUUGAAAGGCUGCCCCUACGUCAAGGCCGGCGUCGUCCUCAUGGAGCUCUGCUUCCUGCGCUACUCGGACACGAACUUCAUCGGGCAGAGGAGUCCCCACUGGUACAUGCGGUGCAACCCCUACGACAUCUCGGACCCUGCCCUCUUCUUCCAGAAGCUGCGCGUGAUGAUGCAGAACCUCACCUCCAUUGCCACCACCAAUCCGGCGAACCUCAUGUUUGCCACCGGAUCAAUCGCUUACAACGAUUUCCGGAUAAUAUACGGCAUGGCGCAGUGUAAGAGAGACCUGUCCGUGGCCGAUUGCAGGACUUGCCUGACCGGAGCGAUGAAUAACCUCACCGGCUUUUGUAAGGCGAAACAGGGAGCCCAAUUCCGGGGAUGGAGUUGUGAUUUAAGGUAUGAACUGUACCCUUUUGUUUCUACGCUCCCGCAGCCGCCGACGGAAGCUCCGGCGUUAUCUCCAGUGCCAUCGUCUCUACCUGCUAAUGGCUCCGUUCCCUCUAGCAUUGGAACACAUAAGAAAAGGAUUACACUUAUGUGGGUGCUUCCCCUGUCAAUUUUAGCUGGGUUAGUAAUCCUGGCAGCAGUCGCAUGCCUGUUGAAGAAAAGAAUGGGAAAUAGGGAGAGAAAAGAAGUUACAGAAGAAAUAAAGACUAGGGCGUCACUCUUUUUUGACAUAAACACAGUGAAAGCUGCUACAGACAACUUCUCUGAUCUAAACAAGAUUGGGGAAGGUGGAUUUGGGCCUGUUUACAAGGGAAAACUGCCAGAAGGUAAAAUGAUAGCUGUCAAACGAUUGUCAAAAGACUCUGGGCAGGGUGCAAGGCAGUUCAAGAAUGAGGUAGCGCUGGUUGCGAAGCUUCAGCACAGGAAUCUUGUUCGGCUUCUGGGUUGCAGCUGGGAAGGAGAAGAGAAGAUACUAAUGUAUGAAUAUGCAGCCAAUGGCAGUCUUGACAAGUUUCUAUUUGAUCCCACCAAAUCUGAACAAUUACAAUGGGGAGUACGUUUUAGGAUUAUUGGAGGAAUAGCACGAGGACUUCUAUAUCUUCACGAAGAAUCACAGCUGAAGAUUAUUCACAGAGAUUUGAAAGCAAGCAAUGUUUUGUUAGACAAAGAGAUGAAUCCUAAAAUUUCAGAUUUCGGCUUGGCAAAGCUCUGUGGUCUAGAUGAAGCUCAUGGCAAAACACGAAAAAUUGCUGGGACAUAUGGGUACAUGUCACCUGAGUAUGCAUUGAGAGGCCUGUUCUCAGUGAAAUCAGAUAUAUUUAGCUUUGGCGUCUUAUUACUAGAAAUUGUCAGUGGCCGUAAAAAUACUGCCAUUUUCCAGACGGAGUUAGAUCAAGACCUUCUCAGCUAUGCAUGGAAAGCUUGGAGUGAGAACAGGGCAGUUGACUUGAUUGACUCCAACUUGGGCGAAUUGUAUCCAAGAAACGAAGUGUUGAGAUGCAUCCAUAUUGGCUUACUAUGUGUUCAAGAAGAUCCAGAUAAUAGACCGACAACGUCUGAGGUUGUUCUCAUGUUUAAUAAUUCAACUGUUUCUCUUCGAGCACCUUUUUGUCCAGCAUUUUUUUCUGGAAGAAGCAGACUAAAUACUGAGGAGCCCAUUGAACAGCAAGGUGGAAUGCCACUACAUGACGCCAUCUCCGAUGGUAUAUCAAAGAACUAGAUAACUAUUACUGAAUUAUAUGCUCGGUAGAGUUGUCCCCUCCCAAGUCCUACACCAGCAAGAAAUAAAAUAUGGCGAGUAUGGUAGUUUAAAUUAGGCUCAAUAAAAAAAUGGAAGGAAUUCUCUAGUUUGUUUACAACAAAUUUGCUUCACGAUGUGUAGAUCAAGCCGAAAGCCCUGACUUUCGACUCCCUCUUACUCUGCUUGGUUCUGGAUGUCUCCCACUUCUACUGGUGUGCAUGGAAAGACCAAAUGAAAUGAUGUUAAGAAUUGUAUGAUCUGCUAUUCUCACCUGUUCUAGGGACAGAUUUGUCAGGGUUUUGAGGUUUAGGUGAAAGGGAAAUAAAUUUUUGAUUGAUUUUUUGUAAAAAAUGCAAUUGCAUUGUUUCCAGAUUCUUGA